CCUGUAAUUAUUGAUAAUAACUCAUAUCAACUGAUCGUGAAACUUUAUUACUAUUAUUAUAUAUUAUGAUAAAUAUCAUAUAUGUAUACGACAUGUGAGUCUGUCGUGUGAAAAUUUAUUUUUGAAUGAUGACGCAGUACAGCUUCUAAGGGUCUUUGUUGGAUUACAGACGGAAAAUUUGCCUUAAUUGUCAUCUGUUUCGAAGAUAGUCUUUUGUUUUCAUUAUUAUUAAUCAGAAGUUAGUUUAUUUGAAAAUUAAAAAUGGGCUCCAAAUUAUCUGAUCAAAUGAAUUCAGAAUCAAAUAAUGAUACGAACAAAAAAUCAUACUGUCAUGUAUGUAACAUUGUGGUUAAUUGCGAAAUUCAUAACAAAGAAGUUGAACAUUUAUUAAAAAUGGAUUAUUUUUUAAAAUGGUUUAUAAAAGAAUCCGAAAAUUCAGUGAAAUGUACAAUUUGUUCUGAAGACGUUCUGAAAAGCGAUAUAAAUAAACAUGCGAUUCAGCACGAAUUGAUACCAUGGUAUCGACCAAAAGAUGAAUUUGAAAAAUAUUUUAUAAAUUUUAUUGCCUUAAACAAUGACACAUACCGAUGUUAUCUCUGUCAUAAAGAAGUUAAAUAUUGGUUUCAAGCUGUUUCACACUGUGCAGAUCCUGAACAUCUUCAGCAUAUGACUAAAAUUGAUGAAAAAAUUGUUAGUACAUCCUUUUCAUUUGAUUUCUACAAAACAUGUGUUCUACACAGUAUCUUUCCAUUUUCAGUUAACAAAUUUAAAUGUUUUACUUGUGAUUACCUUAUUGUAGAAGAUAAAAAUAUUGAAGAGCAUAUCUCUACCAAAAAUCACAAUGAACUUCGUUUUAGCUCAAAGCAGCCAGAUAAUGAUUUAUUACUUCAGAUAACUAAAAAUUGCGUCUUACAAUCUUCGCAAACAGAAUUUUAUCUUCAAUACUUCAAAAAUUUCAUUGGAAUAUUAAACGAAGAUGAACAUUGGUGUUAUUUGUGUGGAGAAGCAUUUAGGAACUCGGAUGCGGCUAUUGAUCAUUUUGAAAAUCCUAAACAUCAAUCAGCAUUAAUUACUUCUAUUGAUGAUGAAAAUAUUGACACAAGUUUAUCAUUAGAUGUUUAUGAAAAAUGUAUUCGAAACAGCAUAUUCCCAAAAUCUAUUAAGGAACUAGAAUGUAUAAUUUGUGAUUGCUACAUUUCAGGAUAUAAAACAAUUGAUGAACACAUUUCUGGAAAAUAUCAUAGAAAAAUGAAAGAAAAUGAUGUUUCUUUACAAAGCACAUCUGAAGAUCCGUUUCAGCUUUUUUUUAAAAAUUUUAUUGGAAUAAUUGACAAGACAUUUCGAUGUUAUGUGUGUACAGAAUUUUUUACCAAUGAAUAUGAAGCCACUAUUCAUAUUCAACAAUCGAAUCAUAAGUCAUUGUUAAAUAAUCCUGAUUUCACAAAUUCUCAAAUAAGCCUUCCUCCAGAAUAUAAAUUUUUUAUUGAAAACAGUAUUUUUUUGUCUUCAUCUAAGUUAAAAUGUUUUAUAUGUUACGAUUCUUUUCGAGGAUAUCUGAUGGCUAAAAAUCAUAUUGAAAGUAAAAGACAUAAAAAAAUUCAUAUUCUUUGUAAAUCUGAUAAUCAAUUAACAUUAUCUAAAAUUUAUAAUAAUAAAAGUUACAAUAAACAUACAUCAACAUAUGAUUACAUUCGAUGUUUCACGAAUUUCAUUGGAUUUAUGAAAAAUCACUACUGGUGUUUUUUGUGCAACCAAAACUUUGAUAACUAUGAAGCAGCUAUUAUUCAUACCCACAACUCUAAUCAUCGGAGUAAAAUACGUAGAAAUCAAACUGUUAACAAAAAUUUAUCGCGACAAUUUUAUGAACAUUGCAUUCAACAUAGUAUCUUUCCAUUAUCUGUCAAAAAAGUUACAUGUUUGAUUUGUAAAAAGACUUUUGAAUAUUUAAAAGUAAUAGAACAUUCGAAUACUCAAUGCCACAUUCACUAUAUUUCAGCAUUCGAAUUUCAAUGCGAUAAUUUGUUAUCCACAAUAAAUAUUACUACUCAACAAAAAGUUAGAGAAUCUAUUUUAAAAUAUGAUCAAUGCUUCAUAAAUUUUAUUGGAAUAAUUCACAAUGUAUAUUGGUGUUUUAUUUGUCAUGAAAAAUUUGAUUAUUGGGAUCUAGCUAUUGCUCACAUUCAAAGUUCAAAGCAUCGGUCUAAUAUAGGUUUAAUUAAUAUCAAAAAAAUAAAUAUGAACUUGACUACAAAGUUUUACAGAUUGUGUGUCCAAGAGGGAAUUUUUCCAAUGUCUUUUAAUGAUAUCAAGUGUUUCAUUUGUGAUCGCGAAAUUUCUUCAUAUUUAAAUGCUAAAGGACAUGCAAAUGGCAAUAAGCAUAAAAAUAAAUACUUAGGUUGGAAAUUUACACUGAAUGACAUAUCGUCCAUAGAGAAUUGCCAUAAUAAAAUACAAUCUGAAGAAAACUCUGUUAAUAGUAGUCAAAACAGCAACGAUAAUCACAAUGAUAGUAUUGAUGAAAACGAUGUACCUGAAACUUGGAAAACAAUUAUUGAUUCAGAUUACAGUGGUAAAAUAAUUACUACGUUGAAUUCUGCUCAAAAUCCAAAUGUUGACAAAAAAACGAAUAAAACAGAUGAUGGUUGGAUAUCGGUCAAUUCCAUGAGAAAUCGAGCUAAAAUCAAAAAUCUAAGCUCUAAAACUACUAAUUCAAAGUUAAAAUCAUCAAAAAAUCUUCAACAGAAAAAAUUAUCAAAUAUCAAUAGUAAAAAAACUAAAAGAACCAAAAAAAUUAAGCAAAAAUCGUCUAACAAUAAAAAAAAUUUCUUUUGUAUUAUUUGUGAACAAAAGUUUAAAUCAGAUGUUCCUCUUCAUAUUCAUAUGUCACGUCAUUUUCGGCCAUGUUUCAUUCACCAGAGUAAUGUUCAAGAAACAGCUUUAAACUUAUCAAGUCAAAAUUGUCAAUUAAAUAAUAUUCAAACUCCUAUUGAAAGUGUAGACUCAAAAUCACUUGCUAGUAAACAUACUCUUCAUAUUCAAAUAAAUACACCAAGUAUCUUAAACUCGAAUUUCAAAACAUUUAAUCAAAAGAAGGAAUAUGAUGAAAAAAAGACGAAUAAAGUUUUAAAACGUCAACGUUUUAGAUCUCGUAAAUUCGCUAAUUGUCAUGGAAGUGAUCAAUUAAUUGCACAGAAAAGAUCUAAAAAGAAUUUACUUAAAGCUGCUGACAUUUUUGAACCUGAUAAAACUAGAAGAAUUGACUUAUACAAAAUUGAUUCAAUUCAAUUGGAAAUGAUUAAUCUGAGCGUUACUCGAUGCUAUCUUUUGGAUAAAGAAUAUAUUUACUGUUUAAUUUGUCGAAAAAAAAUAUCCUACUCUGUCAUCACAGUUUUCGAACAUUUCCGUAGUAUUAAUCACAAUGAUUAUUUAUUAAUAAUGAUCCAAGAUCAUAUUAAAUUUAUGUCUUUUCCGGAUCAAUUGAGUGAUUUGUCACUAGCUAGAGAGUGGAUGGAAGAUAUUUCAGAUAAAUUUGUCGAAUGUUACGGGUGUCAAAAAAAAAUUAAAAAUGAUGUCUCCACCUUGAAGGAACAUUUGAGUGAAAAGAAUCAUAUAUAUCAACGCGCACAAAUUGCAUCAAAAAUGGCUAAAUUAUUUGAGUGUCUUUAUUCAAAAAUGGAACGUAAUUGGUAUAAAGUACGAAGCUAUUGGUGCGUUCCUUGUCGUAAAAAUUAUCGCUUGGAGAAUGAAUUUUAUAAACAUAUAGAUGGAAAUGGUAAUAAAAAGAGUAAACACUUGCAACAAUGUCAGAAAUUUUCGAAAUUCACCAAUUUCAUUUUGGAUUAUUGUCCUACCUGUACGACUCUUUUUUAUGGCUUCCGAGAUACAUUUGCUUAUCAUUGUGAAAUUGAAAAGCAUAAAUAUUUUCGAGAAAGACCAUUUUAUGCUGUCAAUCAAUUGCCGUCAGUUGUAGAAGAAAUUUUAUUUGAUCCUGAUUCUGUUAUGAAUAAAAUGAUUGAGUCAUUAGAUGCCAAAGCUGAAGAACGACAAGAAGAUGAAAAAUUAAUAAUUGAAGAUUUAGAAUUAAUUGUCAAUAAUCCUAUGACAGCAAAAGCUUAUGCAUUUGGAUCCAGAAUUAGUGGACUGUCGUCAAAAACCAGUGAUCUCGACAUAUUUCUUGAUUGCGACAAUCGUUAUUAUCGAGGAAAGAAGACAGAUAAUAUUAAUCCCCUUCUUAAACAAGUAGAAAAGAGACUUAAAAUCUGUACUGAGAUUUGGACAAUAAAUAGAACCAUAACGGAUUGUACUGUGCCGAUUAUCAAAGUAACUCAUAAACCAUUAAGCAUUGAAUGUGAUAUUUCAUUUUUGAACGGUCUUACAACUGAAUGCACUCAAUUGAUUAGAACUAUCAAUCAAAAAUUGCCGCUAUGUCGAAAGUUAAUACUUUUUGUUAAACAAUGGAUGAACAUGUGUAAUUUGAGUGGAGAAAACGGAAUAAGUAACUAUGCAGUGGCCUGGAUGGUAAUUUACUACCUACAAACUAGGUCUAUUAUGAAAUCUAUUAUAACAUUGAUCAAGGAUCGAGAUGAAUCUAAAAUGAUUGGUGGUUGGGAAACUGGUGCAAGCUUAGAUUUUUCCAUUCCUGAAUCAACCGAAAAUUUCAGAGAUCUUUUGAAAGGAUUUUUUGAAAUGAUAACAACAUUUAAUUUUCGAAAUAAUAUUAUCUGUCCAUUGUUAGGAGAACCUCUUGCAAAAAAAUGUUUCAGUGAUGCUAAAAAACUUUUACCAGGAGAAAUGGAGACGUACAAACAAAAUUGUAAACUGAAGAAUCAUGAAAUUUUUCGUAUUGAUUCUCCACUUUGUGUGCAAGAUCCAUAUGAUUUAAGUCAUAACAUUACAAAAGCUACUAAAAAAAUUGCAGUUUCUAAACUUAUAACUUUAUCUACUUUGACAAUAAAAAAGUUAAACAAUGGUGAUAUUCAUUUAAUCUGAGUAAUAGACUAUCAGUUUUAUAUUUUAUACUGAUGUUUACAGAAUUAGCAGUAUAUCAUAAAAACAUAAAAAAACUUAUUACAUUGUUGAUUAAUGAUAAACUUUAAAAGUUACUAAGAUUAAUAUAAUUAUCUUAAGAUGAAAAGUAUUGUGAAAGACAUGAAAAAGUGCCUUAAAUAAGUUGUUAAAUACAUACGGAACUAAGAUUAAACAUAUUUUCGAAUUAUGUUUACAAACUUUAUAUUUAUAGAACUUUUUAAAUAAAUGAUGUUAUACAUUUAUUUUGAAAUAUUUUUACGUAAUGAUUAUUUUGUAUAAUGAUUUUACGAAUCAGUCAAACUAAAAUUUUCUAUCCUUUUAAAUUUUUUGAUAAAUGGCGUUGAUGCUUAAAAUGGCCGCUAGAGGGAUGCGGGAAAAUUAAAUUAAAUAAAUAAAAAAUGAUUGAAGUAAAAAUUUUUCAAUACACUUGAUUACAUAAAUAACAAUUCUUGUUUCAACUAUGAGUUUUUACAAAAUUGUUAAAAUAUUAUUUCAUCAAAUUGUUUAGUAAUAAA